AGUUAGGUUGCUGAGUAGAACUGGGCCUGAAGGGGCGGCUGGGACUCUGAAACAGAAUCGAAUAACAGAAACUUGGAUUUAAACGCCUUUGUUUUUUUUUUUGGUUGGAACAUUUUAAUAGUCAUAGCAUUACAUUCACACCCUCAUUAGGGCCAGCGGAACCGGCAGCAUGUCUGCAGCAGGAGAUUUCGGCAACCCGCUACGCAAAUUCAAGCUGGUGUUUCUGGGAGAACAGAGCGUGGGAAAAACGUCAUUGAUCACCAGAUUUAUGUAUGACAGUUUUGAUAACACUUACCAGGCCACGAUAGGAAUCGAUUUCUUGUCCAAAACAAUGUAUCUCGAGGACAGAACAAUCAGGCUGCAGCUUUGGGACACAGCAGGACAGGAGCGUUUUCGUAGUCUCAUUCCCAGUUACAUCCGAGACUCUGCCGCUGCUGUUGUAGUUUACGACAUCACAAAUGUCAACUCAUUCCAGCAGACUACCAAAUGGAUCGAUGAUGUCCGAACAGAGAGAGGAAGUGAUGUCAUCAUCAUGCUGGUGGGAAACAAAACAGAUCUUGCAGAUAAAAGACAGGUGUCUAUCGAGGAAGGAGAGAAGAAAGCCAAAGAACUGAGUGUAAUGUUUAUUGAAACUAGUGCUAAAGCAGGAUACAACGUCAAGCAGUUGUUCCGGCGGGUAGCUGCUGCUCUUCCUGGUAUGGAGAGCACACAAGACAAGAGCAGAGAGGACAUGAUCGACAUAAAAUUGGAAAAGUCUCCAGAGCAGCCGGUCAGUGAAGGCGGCUGUUCGUGCUGAAGUUUCAGCCUUGAUUUCUGUGCCAUGUCUCUCAUUGUCGCUCUUUCAGACACUCUCGAUCGCACUCACAGCAUCUCUCUGGAUUAUCUGCAGAAGCUUCACUCAGCUGGAGGGAGUAGAACACUACCUGCCAAUCACCCACAAAUGACUUUAAAAUUGAAAGCACAAUGUCGAUGUGAAUGUUUCUUUUCUGUUAAUUGUUUCAGUUAAUCUUACACCUUUUGUGGUGUUUUUGUUUUUUCGUUCUCAAAACACAUUUUGUUUUGUCAUUCUGCUACAACUUCUGCCCCUUCAAAACAUUCAUUUUCGUUUUAUUGGAGUUCAAAUAUUAAUGUAACUAUGACAUGAAUUGGAACAAAACAAGUUGAAUAAAUGAAAUGUAUCUCAAGGAAGCACAGAAUCCAGAUUUGAAUAUGUGAGGACUCGAUCACUAAAUGUUGUUCCAUAUUCGUGGUGCAGAGAAGGACGGAAUGUUAACAGAGUGUUUUUGAGAGUCUCCAAGUCUAGUUUGCAUUAUAUUUGGCAACAGGGUGUCCUCUGAGACACUGUUUAUCUCUUCAUUUUUUAGGAAGAAAGGAAAGGGCAAAAACGUUGUUUUUGGAUUUCUGGAGACAGCUAGAGCUGAUGUUUGCUCUGUUUUUCCCUCAUUCGGUUUCUCGUGGCUGUUUUUCAACCUUGGAUACCAUUUUAUCAUGGUUAUUUUGAAAAUAAGAAAUAUAUAUAUAUAUAUAUAUAUAUAUAUAUAUAUAUAUAUAUAAAAGCUACAUACAGCUACUAUACAGAAAUAUUAUGUAAAUUAAGGGAAGUGUCAGACCCUGUUUUAACAGAUAAUAUGCAGUCAUGUUUGUUUAUUGGGCUUCCACUGGUCUUUUUUUGAUUAGCAUUGUAAAGUUGUAAUAUUGACACUUUAGAUUUAGGUUGUUUGCCCUUUUGAUUUUUUAAAUCAACCAUGAUCCCUAAUAUUUAUUUGUUCUUGAUGCGUCAUCUUCUUUUUUUAACACGGUUUAGUUUCUAGUUUUAAAUGGUCUGUCCCACACAGCUGGUACAUUUAUUUAUUUUUUUUUAUGUACAAUGAUAAGUUUGUCCCCAGACUGUAAUCAAAAUCUUUUAAAGAUUUAACAGCAGUUUGUGUAUUUUCAUUGUAUAUCUCAACAUUUUUUUUUCUUUUUCUCAAAUAUGUCUGAUACAUUUCAUAAGUACAAUAAACCAGAACGGUUGGGUCUGGCAGUGCUGCUUGACACAAAUGCUCAUAAUUUGCACUGCGUAAAUUUAAGCAUCCUGGUUCAUCCCUAAUAAAAUCUUUUAUUUAGCAACAUUUGUUUUUGCUUGAUGGAUACUCCAUG